ACCACCACUGGGACCUCGAGGGACAUGGGGAUGAGCCCUGCCCUGGAGAGCAGCCCAGGAGCUUGGGGACCCCAGGCGAGCACCCCAGCAACGCCGAUCAGCCCCACCAUCCCUGCCACCCCAAAGCAGGCCCUGGAGGAGGAGGACAUCAGGAACAUCAUUGGUGAGUGCCUGCAGGACACGCUGUCCACCAUCUCGGGGCCCACCACCCAGAACACCUAUGGACGCAAUGAGGGGGCCUGGAUGAAGGACCCCCUGGCCCAGGAGGAGCGCAUCUAUGUCACCAACUACUACUAUGGGAACACGCUGGUGGAGUUCAGGAACCUGGACAACUUUAAGCAAGGGCGCUGGAGCAACUCCUACAAGCUCCCGUACAGCUGGAUCGGGACAGGGCAUGUUGUCUACAAUGGCUCCUUCUACUACAAUCGGGCCUUCACGCGCAACAUCAUCAAAUACGACCUGAAGCAGCGGUACGUGGCCGCCUGGGCCAUGCUCCAUGACGUGGCCUAUGAGGAGUCCACCCCGUGGCGGUGGCGGGGCCACUCAGACGUGGACUUCGCUGUGGAUGAGAAUGGCCUGUGGGUCAUCUACCCAGCCAUCAACUAUGAGGGCUUCAACCAGGAGGUCAUCGUGCUGAGCAAGCUGAACGCGGCUGACCUCAGCACCCAGAAGGAGACCACGUGGCGGACGGGGCUGCGGAAAAACUUCUAUGGGAACUGCUUUGUCAUCUGCGGGGUCCUGUACGCGGUUGACAGCUACAACAAGAGGAACGCCAACAUCUCCUACGCCUUUGACACGCACACCAACACACAGAUCAUCCCCCGGCUGCUCUUUGAGAAUGAGUAUGCCUACACCACGCAGAUAGACUAUAACCCCAAGGACCGCCUGCUCUACGCCUGGGACAAUGGGCACCAAGUCACCUACCACGUCAUCUUUGCCUACUGAGACCCCCCGCCACAGUGGGGCACUGCGAGCCAGGGGCCACCAGCACCUUUUAUUAUUAUUUUUAUUGUUAUUAUUGUUAUUUUGUACAAAUCAAAGAGUAAAUGAUGGGUUUUGUUUCCAGCUGGUUUUUUAUGGUGGAUUGUAGAUCGAUCCCCAGGCCAGAACCGCCCCCUUCAUCUUUGCUGUAACCUUGCUUCUGU